UUAGAAAUAGGAACCAAGAUAUUCGCACAUGUUGUGUUUCCGGUGUCUGUCAAAAAUGUUCCCCUGUGCUUGCAAGACACUUUUGAGAACUCAGAUAGUUUUAGAAAAUACUAUUCACAGAUCGUUAUCAUCGGGAUAUAGAAGUAAAAUAUCGUUAGAAACUUUGUAUCCAAAAAGUGAACAAGAAAAAAAUGGCAAGGGAGCAGAUGUAACUAGUCAAGUGUCAGAUAAAGAAAGAUUUUCAGGAGUUAUACCAUUAGAUGAACUACAGUUUCAGUAUUGCCUGUCAAGUGGGGCUGGAGGACAGAAUGUUAACAAAGUCAACACGAAGGUAGAAGUGCGAUUUAAUAUAGACAAAGCCUCAUGGAUUCCAGAGUGGAUUAAACCAAAGUUGAAAGAACAGCAACAGAAUCGGGUAACGAAGGAUGGAGACUUUGUGGUGCGAUCAGAGAAGACUCGUAAACAGAUACUGAAUCAGGCAGAUUGUUUAGACAAAAUUAGACACAUGAUUUUCCAAGCAUCUGUCCUCCCAAAAGAACUCACUCCAGAACAAAAAGCCAUUAUAAAGGAAAGGGAGGAAGCAGCUAAUAGACGAAGACUGGAGGACAAAAAAAGACGUUCCUUAUUAAAAGCUAGAAGACAACUGGAUGCUUGAUAGUUACUUGUUCAAAUUUUCAUAUAAACCAUGCAUUUUAUA